AUGACUGGGGCUAGCCAGCCAGCAGGGUCAAACAAUCGUGCAAUUAUAGAAAUCACUGAUCUUUUGAGUGUGGACAAAAAUGACAAAACAGACUAUACGACAUCCGAGAUGGAGGAUGAACUUCUGUCCUCGAGCCAGGAGACAAUCGGAGGUUGUUCAGAUAAUGCUGGAGGCACUAGCAUUUCUGAGCAACCUUCAAAAACUGGAAGUGCAUGCGGUACCAGCGGUACCCCUGUACUUCGACCCGCAAUAAAUCCAAUAAAGCCUUCGGGUAGCAAAGCCAUAGGGAUACUACGCAUCGUAAAAAAAGAUCACAAGAUUGCUAAAAAUGAGGAAGCUGGAACUCCGCACGAGAACGAUGCCGCUGUGAUAAGAUCAAAUAUGGGAAGAUUGUUGAGGAGUACAACAAGAUCUCGUGAGGAAGCUAAUCCUCCUCAGAAAAAAUCUAAAACAAACGGCACCAACAAGCAAGCACCAUCUCAGGGAGCGGCGCAAUUGCGCACUUUAAGUGAGAUUGUCAGAGACGAUCUUCAAGUGGCGGUUGUAGAUGAGCUCUCCACUGACAGCAGAGCUCUGAUGUCAGUGUGGAACUCCAUCGAGGCUAAGCUUUCUGGGAUGGUGUUUUUAUAUACCUUAUCUGCAACUGAGGGACCCUACCCAAGUUUCGACUCUGGUGAGAUGAUUAGGGCAUACAGGGUAAUCAAGUGCGAGGAUAGGUUUUCUAAGGAUUUCCUUAAUAAAAGUGUAGCUGAGGUCAGCAACAAAUGGGAUGGCUCAAGCUUAUCCCAGCUAAGGAGAUUCCAAGACAACCACUGGCUCGCAUUUGGCUGCCCUCAUGAGCAUCGAGCCAAGCGGACCGGAGCUGAUCCGCAGUCAUUAAGACUGAAGAACAGUGCGUCUUACCUUCUGAGGAUCUGCGAGGUCAGUCGUGGGGCUCUUGAAAAAGCCGAUUUCAAGCUAAGUUUUGGUAUUAAGAAUGCCAAGAUAAAGAUUCUGCAGAGUCAGGAAACGGACCCUAACCUAGUUGAGGAUAUUGUCGAGGAUGACGAUGUCUCAAAGAGGCAGGGUUCUCCGGCGAGGAGCUGGUAA